CUUAAAACUGAUCCUAUGCUUUCUUUAAACUGUCAAAUUGUGCGUUAAAUUCAAAUUCAUUUUGUAAAAUUUUCUUACAAUGCAAAGCAAUGCCUCCCCAAGAGCAAAUUAAUUUUCCUGGACAUAAACCGUAUAUAUCUUUUUCUACUAUCUCAUGUCUUUUAUUUUUAUCGAUCCUAAGAAUUACUUAAUCCCCAAUCAAUCAAAUUUAGUGAUUAGAUUUCCCUUCCCCCUGACCUUUGCCAGCACAAAAACUAUUAAAUGAAUAGUUAAAUGGCGGGAUGUUUGAUGACCUUCGAAUAAACGGAUCGUUGGGAGUUGAAUGCGCCGACAAUCCCGGAGUAAAGUCGCCCCGCUGGUGGUUCGGUGGCGUCUCCUCCUCGGUAGUUGCCACCGUUAUGGCCCCCCUCGACAUUGUGAAGACCCACAUGCAGACCCAAAGUCAGAAGCGCGAUAUUUUGGAAACCGCCCGGAGAAUUUUUGAGAGGCGAGGUUUCGUUGGUUUUUACGAUGGCUUCUCGGCGGCUGUUCUGCAUCAGAUGACAUCGAUGAACAUCCGAUUUUCAGUUUACGAGGCCGGCCGGCAAUACCACUUCGUUGAGGAUGACUCCUACCUUGGUAAACUUCUUUUAGGCCUUGUGGCUGGGGCCUGUGGAUCAAUUUCCGGGAUACCAGCUGAUCUGAUCAACGUUCGGAUGCAAACGGACAUGAAAAAUGCCGAACAUUUGCGUCACAAUUACAAGCACAUCUUUGAUGCCCUGGUGAGAAUUCCCAGAGAAGAGGGCUUUUUGGCGCUAUACAAGGGUGGAUCGGUGGCAACUCUCAAGGCGUCAUUGGGAACUUGCUCACAAAUAUCCUCCUAUGACAUUAUCAAAACGGAAAUGAGACAUCGGCUUGAUAUGCAUGAUAGCGUCCCCCUGCACUUUUUCAGUUCGCUGGUGACCUCCGUAAUUUCAUCCACUCUGACCCAUCCACUGGACGUGAUGAAGACCCUAAUGAUGAGCGGGAGGCCAGGUCAAUACGAAACAUUAUCGCAAGCCGCUCAGCACAUGAUGCGCUUUGGGUAUAUUGGACCAUUUCGGGGUCUGCUUCCUACAAUGGUGCGCAAGGGGCCCGCCACUGUAAUGCUAUUUGUGAUGUACGAACAGUUAAGACUUAAUUUUGGAAAAUGCAGCAUGGGAGAUUAAGAGGGAACAGAUGAAGCCUACAAGCCUCGUUCUAGUGUCUGAUAUCUGGAAGAAAACCAUGCGUUUAGAAAUAAAAUAUAAUUGAGCGGAUCGUUGACCCCGUUCGCUGAGCUCAGCGAAACAUCAACCACAA